AUGGGUUUGGGAACAAAGAUUAAGAACGCCCUCCACAGCGAUGACCACCCGAGUCAGUAUCAGGGUGAGCAACCCCCCGGAGCAUUCCCUUCGGAUUCAGCCACCUCUGCGAACACCAAGCACAACACUCCCGGUACUACGGGCACCACCGGCACCCACACCGGCAGCCACACCACCGGAGGCUACUCCGGAGGUACCACAGGCACAAGCCGUACUUCCGGCACGCAUACCGGCACUCACUCCGGCCCCCACACCACCAGCAACACCACAACGGGUUACGACGAUCCCGAUGGCGUCCACGGACCUCACGGAAGGAAAACCCUGAACAAGGCCGAUCCCCGCGUCGACUCUGACCGCGACCACCGCGGCGCCCCCAGUUCUGGUCUGACCGGCAACAACACUACCCACGGCACAACUACAGGCUCUGGCUUGACUGGUAACAACACUACCCAUGGCACACGCGGCACUCACGGCACGACCAUGGGCUCCGGCGUGACUGGCAGCAACAACCCCUACUCGAGCAAUGUCGCCACCGGGUAUGAUGACCCCGACGGCGUCCACGGCCCUCAUGGCGGUCGCGCAGCCAACAAAGUUGACCCGCGCGUGGACUCUGAUCGCGACCACCGUGGUGCUCCCGGCUCCGGCUUGACCGGCAGCAACAACUACGGCACUGGCAGCAGUGGCUACGGUACCAGCACCGGCACCGGCCACACUGGAGGUCUUUCCAGCAACCCCCAUGGCGGAGCUACCAGUGGCAUCGCUGGCAACCGCACCACCGGAUAUGACGACCCCGAUGGUGUUCACGGCCCCCAUUCUGGACGUGCGGCCAACAAGGUCGACCCCCGCGUCGACUCCGAUCGCGACCACCGCGGCGCUCCCGGCACCCAUCGUACCACCGACUCCGGCGUCGACGUCGGCCACAACAGGCCCUACCCUGGGGACAACCUUCGCAACACCCAGGAGCCGCCGUACUGGGGCGAUGUCGGCCGUGACGGUCAACCCGUCACCGGCACCCACGGCACUCUCAACAAGGAUCUACCUCUGCGCCCGAACGAGUCUGGCAUCGGCCGGGGAGGUCCCCAGGCCGUUGGUGGUGGCACUUACAACGCCGCCGCCACGCACCACCACGACCCUGCCUCCAGCGUCGACCGCUCCAUGGAGGGACGUGACUUUACCCACACUCAACAGACCGGCAACGCCGGCGUCGGCGGUGCUGGCAGCGACCCGUACAGCGGCGUCCACAGCGCUGCCCACAACCCGCAAGCAGCUCUUGCCGGCGGAAGCACAUCUGACCCCUACGACACCCGCAUGAGAGACAGAGACAUGGGCCGUGACCGUUCUGGCCACGGCGCAGCUGGUGCCGGCAUCGGUGCUGGCGUCGGCGCCGGUGCCGCCGUGGCUGCCGGCCAGGCUGCUCAUAGACACCACCGCGAUGACAUGCACGAGGCCGGCUACGGCUCGGGCACUUCUGGUGCUGGCGGUCUGAACUCCAACUCUGGUACAGGUAACCCUGGUGGUGUUGGUGGCCUCCACUCCAACUCGGGCAUCGGCCACAACACGCCCGGCUCUCACGGCAUCUCCAACUCGCGCGGCAAUGUCGACGACUACUCGCGCUCCAGCCUCAGCGGAAACGAGCCCGGCGUGCCCAAGACGAGCAUGCUCGACCCCUACAACGAGUCUUCAACCUCCUCGGGUGUCCGCAGCAACGUCGCCGGCGGCAAGGGCGGCCACUACGGCGGGCGCAGCGGGUCUCCCCCCUUCAACCAAGGUAUGCACUCUUCCAACGUCGAUCCUGUCCCCGGCACCACCGGCCUGGGAUCCAGCAGUAUGGGCCCUGACCACUAUGGCCCAGGACAUGAAGGAGCCAAGGUCUUCCAUACCUGCGCCCGCUGCGGCGAGGACAACGACAUUAGCAGAUAUUUCAAGAAGGAUGCUGUCUACCGCAUGGGUUAA